AUGCACGCUUCGAGCCCGCUGCAGGUGCCGCUGUGCCUGCCGCUGGACGAGCGCGUGGACUGGGCAGAGGUGCAGCGCGGGAUCGAGCACCCGAGUGUCCCGGGUAUGGACGAGGAUGACUGGUCGCGCGCCGAGGAUGUGCAGCGCAGCGUGACAUGCUCCCUGUCUUUCUUCCAGCCGCUGCAUGGGAAGGAGCACGACGGUGAUACGUGUUUCGCCGUUGGGUUUUCGGACGGAUCUGUGGAAGUGUACGCACAGCGUAUGCGUGCUGAAGAAGCCGCAUACGCGCCUCCAUCGCCGGCAUCCAGCAGUGCACACGUGUCCGUGCGCGGGCAUUUGCGCAACUCGCCAAAAACAUGGGGGCAUACCAACAGCGAGCCGCUGCGCGCCUCGUUGCGCGACUCGAGCAUUGCAAUUGGCACUCCGCAUCCAAGUAUUGCGCCUACAUCGCCGGCGCAUGUUGGGUCGCAAGAGCCGCGCAGUUAUGCACAUCCGCCUGCCGAGCAGGUGUUGGAGCAGCUUCAAGCGGGCCAUGCGCAUGUAAUUGAGCAUCCUCGCUCUGAAGCACACACAGAGAAGCCACAUGCGAAGCACGAGCUGCAUUUGCAUAGCGUGCCGCAAUGCACGGAGCAGGAACACACCACGCAAAACGAAUCUGCAGCGUUUAGCGAGCCGCUGGCGUAUGCAUGCGACGGGCAAGUGCGCAAGGUGCGGUCUUUGUACGGCCCCGACGCCUCUCCUGUACUGGCACUUGUCCUUGAUACCCAGCGCUCCGAAGGCGCAAUCACCGAUUAUGCCGACAAUGCCAUGGCGCCGAAGGAUGCACUUCUUCUUGUCCAGCAGGCGUCUGGGCGCAUCACUGUAUGGUCCUUGCCGCUUCUUGAAUUUCAAGCCACGACCAUUGUUCGCAUUGCGCAACUACCAGGUGCAAAAGGCGCGCACCAAGUGCGGUUUACUUUUGCGCGCGAGCAGCAUGCCGGCGAUGCACAGUCCGUGCUUGCUUCGCUUCCCGCCGCCGAACAUACCCAAUUUCACGUGUAUCCAUUGCCAGUGCAUGCACACGAUACCCAAGUGCUGAUUCCAUCUCUUGUAUGGGUCGAGUUCCCUGCAUGGCCGAGCAAGCUUUUUGUGCUGCGCAUCGACGUUGCGUACGGAACACUGGUGCUCUGUGCAGUGCUCGACGCCCCACACGGCCCUCGCUCUGUGCACCUCACUGCGAGCGACACAUUUAGCUUGGCUGUACACACGGUGCAUCAAGGCGCCCUGCAGUGCACCCCCUACGCCAUUCCCGACUGGACCCAAUUCCGCCGCGGGGCGGCUCCGCAAGCUGCCGCGAUGCGAGACAGCCAAAGCCAUAUGGAGUCCACUUUUCUUGCGCUCCUUGGCAAGGCACAUGACGGCGACGCUGCGCCGCCUGUUGCUUGCGCGCGCGGGCACUAUGCAUUGGCAGCGAUCCUAAUGCUCAGCACUACCUGUGUGCUCGCAUUCCAAAGCACGGAUGCUGCGUGCUUGCUUUUAGUCGACAGCGCGGAACAGCCCAUCCGUCAUCUUCUUCCCAGUUCAUUUGUUUCCAUGCAUGUGCUCGAUGCGCCGCGUACGCUGGGCGUCGUAUGCAAAGACCACAUUUGCACUUUGCGCGCAGGCACACUGCACACUGCACAGCGUACUCCAGCCGAGAUCCUCCCUGUGUACGACCGGCUUCUCCAGGAACCGCUCCAAAGUCUUUCUUUUUCAUGCGCACCUUCACCGACUGCGAUUUUGCCACUGAGCCUCUCGCGCAUUCUGGUCGCUGAGCGCAACGGCCUGUACGCUGCAUCUCUCCUUGAUCUUUUCCAUGGCACACCACACGAGGCCAGCAAUGAUACGCGUCCCGUCUGGGACGCCAACGUAAUCCUCUUGCAGCAACUCGCCAACCCACGCACCGGGACGCGCCACAUUUUUGGCGGCUCGGACGCGGGCGAUCUCGUGCUGUGGAACUUUCAGACGCUGCGUGUGGAAGCGACAUGGAGCUGGUUUGCUUCACCGCUGCAGUGUAUUGUACCACUACAGGGCGUAAAUAAUUUAUCGCGACUGUACGACUGUGUUUUGUGCGUAGCGCAGGACGGCACGACCGCGAUUCUUGCCCUGGACGAUUUGCGCCUCGUGCAAAUGAUCCCGGGGUGUGGCGCGCCGCUCAUGGGUGCUGCCGUGAAAGGCAACGAGCUGCUGCUCCACUACGAGGGCCGUGCGCGAAUUUGGUCCAUGGAGACGCACGAACUGGUCCGCAGCGUACAUGCGGAGCAAAUCGAAAUGCUCCUCAGUCCGUCCAAAGGCGAGCACUGGAUCCAGUUUUCUGUGCCGCGCGCGCCGCGCAGUGCGUCGUACAAGCAGGAGAAAGCAGGGAUGCUUUCAAUUUGUGGCGCAGCCGCACAGGGUGCAGUACCUGUUCUUUAUGCCAAUGUGCGCCGCGCGAUGGACACUGCGUGCAAAUCGCUGCGCGGCGCGCUCGGCGCCGGCGCUUUUUCCAGUGCGCUGGACGCGUACAAACUCGGCGCGAGUGCUGCGCCGCUGGCGUCGAGCGAUAGCGCCGCUGACAAGCUGCUAAACACCUUUGUUCCAAUCCUCCGUAUUUUUCUUCCUGUGCACUUGGACGGCGUGUUUGGCAAGCUGGGCACUGCGCUUUUCGGCUCGGCCCCGCCCCCGCUUGCGCUCAUUCCUGUCGUUGCACGCGGCAGUUUUGUCGGCGUGAAGCAAGGAAAGGAUGCGGGAGACGUUGCACAGCGCUUCUCUUUUACGCCUGUCACUACGGCAGAGCAUAUGCUUGCAAUCGUUGCAUUCCUGCUUCUCCUGCACAUGAUCGAGCAUUUGCAGCCGCUGUGCAAGCCUGCACUCCACGGUCUUCUCACGCCGGAUUUUAUGGCCCGGUGCACGCAGCCGCACGCCUUCCAGCGACCGUGCCUUACCACAGUUUGCCGCUACAUGCUCGACGAGAAUGAGGUGCUGCGCACGAGUGCGAGCCUUGUUUUUGAGCACUACGUCAAGUCUACUUCGCGCGAAGAGCUGGCCGAAGCAAUGGCGACGUGGGCAGCUUUCCUCGAGGGCCACGAAGAGCCAGGCACACCCCACGCACUCUUGCUUCUGGGCCUCCUUGCGCCGGUGCGCUACGUCUACUUCUCUCCCUUGCUCCUGAAACGCAUUGCGGUGAUGAUCAUGCGCUACCUUACGACGCCGAUUGUCGACGCUACCACUACAUGGCACGCCUACAUAGCCUUGGAGCUGUGCUGCCGCGGAUGCGAUAUCUGGCAGCAUUACCUCGACGCCGUCACUCUCGUGCGUUCCAUUUUUGCGAUGGCCACGGGGCCAGACGACGAAAUGCGCUUCCUUACGCUCUCCGGCCUUCCUCUCCGCGGCUUGGCUCGCCGCGCGACGUUGGCGUUGGCGACACGGCAAAGUACCUUGUUUAUGAGCACGCUCGCGAUGGAUAUUUUGCAUCCACCUUCGCUCGAGCACGGCCAGGUCACGCUGCGCCUCGUCGCGUUCAUGAUUCGGCAAAAGCCGCUGGUCCUCUACCCGAGCCUGCCUCGACUUGUCGAAGCGGUCGUCAAGUCGCUCGACCCCACCGUCGCGUCCAUGCGCUCAAGCAUGGUCAAGUCUGCGACGCUGAUGCUGAACGAGCUUGUAAAGACAUACCCCUCGAUUGCAUUCCACGGGCCCAUGCAGCGGCUCGCCGUCGGAACGCAUGACGGGCCGGUCGUGCUGUACGACUUGAAAACCGCGACGCGCCUCUACAUUCUCGGCGGGCAUUCCACGCCCGUGACUGCGUGCAGCUUUUCUCCAGACGGCCGCAGACUGUUGUCCAUGAGCCUCGAGAGCGAAGUGGUGCUGAUUUGGCGGCUCAGUACGGGGUUCCUCGAUAUCUUCGUUCCUGGUGCCAUCUCGCGUCUCGCACGGAGUCACGACCCCGCCGAGGCCGACCGCGCGGUGCAUUUUCAUCUGGGCGAUGCCGCACUAUUGGCUCCGGCACAGACACUCACGCAAGUGUCAUUCGAGUGGCGCAACUCACAAAGUGUGCUUCUCCGCGUUGGCGAAGCAAGCGUCACGCUCGGCAUCGUAUAA